ACUUAAAAGUCAUGUAGAGUUUGCUUUCUGGUGCAGUUUUAAUUAAAUUAUUUCUCCCUUUUCAGCCUUUUACACUUUAUUGGUCUAUGGUUUUUUUUUUGCUAGCUCCUGCAUACGUUUCGCUUACAAUCUUAUAUAGCGAAAGAAUUAUUCACGGCCAGAUGGAGAGUAUUUUAGCAUAAAAGCCAAGGCGAAAUAGAACAGAGAUUCCUUUUUUAGUUUUUCUUAGUUGGAAAACCAAUUGGAUUGAAGUGGGGCUUCCAUAAUGUACCUUUCCCUUUUCCCUUUUUUCUGUGGAUGUGUUAGUGGAGGGCAGAUCUUCAGGAACUGUGAAAUAUAAGCAAACCCUAUUGUCCUUGUUACUUUUGUCGUUUUUUGGGCUUAAAUCAAUUACGAUUGGCUUGCACCUGUUUACAUACGUACAGAUUGAUGUUCAAUUUUCUUAUCCCCAAAACGAAACUUCCUUUAAAUUCAUAAAUAUUGGUUCUAUGACUUCGGAACUGGCAGGCAAAAUUUUGUAUUAUGUUACCAAUUGAAUUAUUGAAAGCAGACAACGGUCUUGUCAUGCUAGCUUAAUUCAAUCUUCGAAAGCGUAUAUUUUACUGUCUAUUGAAAAGGGUGGAAAUUGGAAGGAACCUAUCUGGCCAUACAUGGCUAGUAGCUAUAAUUUGUCGAUAGUGUUGGUAUUACAGAUUCAUUCUUGAGUUAAAUGAACUGUUUGGAAAUCAGAAGACUAGUUUGCAGACGUCAUCAUUAUUAUCAUAUUUACUGGUACCUUACUUCAUUAUUCUUGAGAUAUUCCUCUCCAUUAAGACAGUCAAUGUAACUUUUAGUGGAGAGCCUUGUAGAUGUGCUAGUGGGUGAAACUCUUUUGUUUUAGCAGAAAUAAUAGGCUGCAGGUUAGGCUGGUCCUAAAUGAUGUCUAUUUCUUUCCCACGUGCUGGCUCCUACAAACAAGAGACACCUUACAAUAUAUUUGGAAUAAAUCUAGACAUUUUGUGCUCAUUUAUAAGUCUAUCCUUGGUUCAAAAAUUUUAUCUAAAGCAGAGUUGUUGAGACACUUCCAGAAAUUUUAAGCAAUGACAUCAUCGUUAAUAAUUGCAUCAGCUUCUGCACCCUUAUUGAAGGUCAUGGGUCAUGGAACUAAUGACGCUGAACACAGACAAAUUGGAUCAUUUAGUAGGACCAGCAGUGAAGGUUCUUCGCUGAGAAGGCGUUCCCUAAGUUUACCUGGUGCUGUGCCUCUUGAAAUAGAUGAUGACAUUGAGAGUGAGACUGUUUCCGAGGCAGGAGAUAUUGGUGAUCGGGCUCUUCAGAGCAAAAGACACAGUGAGAGUGGCAGUCUUCGUUUUUCCUUUGAUAAUGCUUUAGAGAAUGAAUUAGCUCUUCCUAUUCCAGAAAAUCACAUAUUUCAGUCAUAUGGAUCUUGGCCUCAUGAUCCUUCAGCACAAAAUACCAUCUCUGCAGUGACACCAUUGCCAGAUGAAAUUAUAUCUCCUAUCUCCACUGAGGCACUUGUCCAGUCCAAGGACAAAAAGCAAGGACAAGGGGAAGAUAAAGUUUUGCCACAUUCGUUUGAAUACUUAUCAUGUCUGAUCCAUUUGGCAGUUUUUGGAAUUCUUGGGGUUUUGACAAGAUACCUAUUACAGAAACUAUUUGGCCCUGGUGUUGCUAGAUUGACAAGUGAUCAGAGCAUUCUUUACCUUGAUCUUCCUUCUAAUAUGGUCGGUUCUUUCUUGAUGGGCUGGUGGGGUGUUGUUUUCAAAGAAGAUAUAUCCAGGAUAUCUGAUUUUUUGGCUAUAGGAUUGACAACUGGCUAUUUGGGAAGCCUGACAACUUUCAGUGGUUGGAACCAAAAGAUGCUUGAUCUUAGUGUUAACGGCCAGUGGGUGUUUGCUGUGCUUGGCUUUCUUAUAGGCUUGUUUCUGGUAGCCUAUUCGAUCAUUUUUGGGGUUGAGACUGCCAAGGGUUUCAGAUGGCUCGUUUUCAGGCUGGGUACAAGCUCAAAAAGAGGGACAUUUAGCUCUUGUAGCAAUUGGAGGCUGGACAGCCACAGGCAUCAUGUGGUUGUAGUUCUUGUGAUGUUGCUGAUGCUUGCAGUUAUGUGGACUGUUAGUGCAAUAUUGAUCAAAAGAGAAUUCAACAGCGGCAGCAGUGCAGCUGAGCUGUGGUUGGGUUGCAUAGUUGGGCCUCUAGGUGUCUGGAUCAGGUGGUUCUUAGCCCGUCUUAAUGGACGUGGGCUGGGGAACGGAAGAUAUUUGAAAUGGAUUCCAUUUGGGACUCUAAUUGCCAAUGUUUCUGCAGCUUGUGUCAUGGCGGCACUGGCUACUUUUAAAAAAGCGGUAAGGUUCUUUUAUAUGAUGUUUUCCGUGCUGAAAUCCUAGAGUCCACCAGCCAUAUCUGCAUCUUCCCUCAACGUUCACAGAAGAAGAAAAAAGACAAAAUAAAAAACUAGAGAGAAAACCAACCCAUCUGUCUGCCUUUAGUGUGUAGUAAAUCAAUAUUAUUGGCAUUUUGAGAAAUCUGUAUAUGGGUCCUUAUUGAGCUCAUAUCUGUAGGGACUCUGUAGCUUUUUUGUUGGAAGGAUAAAGAUUGCUAUUCUGUUCUAAAAUUUAGGCGUGUAGUAGCUUUGACCUAGAAUAGUUGAGCAAGAUAAGUGUGGUAGAUCAGUCUCUAGGUAGUUGGCAGGUGUGAAGUAGGCCCAAGCGCCAAAACCACAUAAAUCAUCAUGGAUUAAGUAUCGUUGUUUCCUAUGAUUAUUUAUUCCACCAUGCUAUCAUGCUCAACUAGAUAUGUAUUAUGGG